AUGAAUGGUCCGGUAAGGACGGCCGUCACUAUCAUAGAUCACCCGUCAAUAGUUGAGUUCAUUGGGGCCGCCGUUUACUUCGAAAGCAAACAAUUCUAUACUUUUAGGAAUUUCAACCCAUAUGUCGUUGAAUGGGGUUCUCUGAAAUAUAUCCCACACAAGGGUUUAAUGGAGAAUAUCGCCACGUCUUCAGCCGAGGCUCAAAAGAUUCUGAAGAGUUCGCAAAUGUCUGCCGCAUAUUAUGACACAACAGACUCUCACACAAAGCUGGUGUUCAAUGACUUAAAUUUAACUGUCCUGGACUUUAACUUUGAAUUCGGCAUCGAGUUUGAUACCCCGGUUAUUUCUAAUAUGGAUUUAGAGCUCAAGAAGUUUGGAAUUCCCAAAACCCAACGCCCGAAACAUAUCGACGCGACCCUCACGUUAAGAACAAGCGGUCAAAACACAGAGUUAUACCUCUUUGUUGAGGACAAGUACUGCUCAUUUCGUAUGCAAUUGGAUGUCCCGCAGGAAUGCCUUUUCAAACCAAUCAAAGAGUUUCUCAAUUGCAAUAAAGUUGUGACAAAAGGCGUCACUUGUGAUAAGCCUGGCGGUGAAGAGAAGGCCAUUAACGUGGCUCUAAAUAAGGCGCCCAAAGACUUUCAAAUUGGUCGAAUCGCUUCCAGAAGUGGUGAUCUGUCACCGAAGGAACAAAAUGAUGACAACCAAACUAAAGUUACCAAAAAUAUGUCACAAACUUUAUCUACUAAUAUAAUGGCUCUGUUGAGGGGGUGUUGGGCGCCGUGUUUUACACUGAACUCUGGGUUCAUGAACCUGAGGAAUGGAUCCAUCACUAUAUCACUGUAUUGUGCAUUCAUUCACGUAUUGCUUCUGUUUUAUUCAAUAUAUAUCCUAAUGGGAGGACAAAGUGAUACCUUCUUCUCACCACUCUUUGAGUUCAAUCGAUACGGAAUGACAGUCUCCUCAGUAUUUCUCCUCAUUUUCACCAUCUCUUACAUCUUCUUCUGCUCUUUUGGUCUCAUUCACGGCAUUAAAACUGAAACCCGAUUCUAUUACCUGCCAUUCAUUUACAUCACUUUACUCGAGAUCUUAUUUGUCGUAUCUUUUGGCAUUUUUAUGGUUUACCGCUAUUACCAUAACGAAUGGGCCACAUUUGCAGCUCUAAUCUUAUGGUCGUAUUCUUGUUAUCACUUUUAUCUAUAUCUUGUGGUCGUUUCGCUCUAUUAUCACAUCAAAGAGUUGCAAAACCCAACAUUCAUUGUAUUAUAUCCAUAGAUCAAACACUUAUGGAUAGAAUCUCAUUCCUACAC